AUGUCUGCAUCAACUAGUCAAGGUGGAGAUCACAUUGUCGAAGUCGAAAAUAAAAAAUAUGAAUCUUUCAUAGAAGAAAAUAUUCCGAAAGGAACUGUCAAGUAUAUUGCAAUUAGUCCGGAAGGAGACUUUUUGGUUGAAUUUAUAGUAAUAAAGCUUGAUUCUUCAGAUUCUCUAAAAUUCGAAUUAAAGAUGUAUGAUAUUAAAUAUUUUAAGAAUGAAGGUGGCUCAACGUCAAAGAAAGAUUCGAAACAUGAGAAUAUAUCAGAGGAAUAUUCGAAACAUGAGGAUGCAUCAGGUAAAGAUUCGAAGCAUGAAGCUGAUUCGGAUGGCGCAAAUGACUCAAACCGAGGAGAGGAAUCAUCGUACAGGAAAUUAUCCAGUAUUCGCACCGAAACCAAAUUGCCCUUUACUAAAACACAAUUAAGUUUUAUCAAUUUGAUCAAGAAUGAUCCUAAACCUAUAUUUAGGUGGUCCGUUGCUGUGUCAGAUAAAUCAAUCAGCUCAUCGGAAUUUAGAUUAUUGGCAAUAUCUUGUAUUAGUCUUAAAGACAUGGAAUAUUGUAAGGAACUUUAUACGCGUAACAAACUAAAUCCUACGGAAAUUCAAAAAAUAAAAAAUAAUGGAUUCACCUUAAUUUUCAUAAUUAAUAAUGAUUAUUCAAUUAGUAAUAUUGGUGAUAAGGAAUCACUAAUUGAACAUGGUGGAAUAGUCAAAUUGUUUUAUGAAAAGAAUUCUAUAGCAGAUCAAAAAGAAAAAGAUACGAAAACAGUCAAAAGUAGUCAAAAUAUUGAUGAUCACUUUCUUAUUCUCUUGACACUUUCAGGGAUCUAUAAGUAUCAUAUUGAGAAUAAAUCUACUUCUAACAUUCAAAAGUUAAAAUAUCCGACAAGAAUAUAUGAAUCCUUUAUUAACAAUAUGUCAAAUAUGUCCCUUUUUGAUAUGUCUGGUCCAACGGAUGAAAUAAUCAAUAAAUUAUACAAUGAAGAAUACAAUGAAAUAUAUAAUAAUAUAUGCUCAUAUAUUCAGUUAUGCAUAAAUAAGCAUUAUUUUUUAGUCGAUACUAUGAAAGAAGACAUCAAAUACAUAGAACUUUAUGAUUUAAAGACAAACCAAUUAGUAAAUACCUUUCAGAGGCAGACUUUAUCGUUAUUUAAAUCAAUGGUAUAUGAACAUCCUAUUCAUUACGCCAUAUCAAACAAUGGCAAAUUAUUGGCAUAUUUGUCAUAUUCAAUUAAAGGAAUCAAAAUAUAUUCGAUCGAAAGGAGAUUGGGGGUUUCGGAGGUAUGGGCUGCUUGGGAUAUUUUUGGUUCAUUACGAGAUUUUGUUAAAUUAGAAAAGCAAGAAUUUAUGUUGCAAUUUCCAAGUGAUAUAAAAAAUAUAGCAGAAUCAAAUUCAUGCAUAGUCGCUUAUAAUAGAUAUGAAGAUCGUGAUAAAUUGUUUAUUUAUGAUGAACUGAUCGUAGAUAAAUAUUUCAGUUUAAAGAAAAGUGAUAAACAAGUUUGGAUUACCCGAGAACUUGAUAAAGAACCAAAAACAUUAGGAUUAGAUAAAGAAUAUGAACCUUGGUUACCUUGGAUACGAGGAUGGAUGAGAUUUGAUGAUAUUCAAUAUUCGUUCUAUCUUGAUGAAAAGGAGGAAAUGUUACUUAUAAUCGGAAUCCAGACAGUCCAACUUUGGCAUAGAAGAACUCUUAAAUACAUUCAUUCUCCCUACCCCUUUUCUGGUGUACCUGAUAUUAAAGAGCUUUUUUUAAUAGAAUGGGAUCCUAAAGUAAUUGAAGUGUUAGACAUCAAAUAUUGUACUGAAAAAUUGAAGGUUGACAUUCAAAUUAAAGAUGAUAAAGAUCCUCAUCGAAUUAAACAAAUUAAAAUGGAAGGUGACGAUAUUAUGAACAUAGCAAAGCAUGCUUGCUAUGCACUCGAAUUUUAUUUUGCUCACAAGAAAAAGCUAGACAUAUAUUAUGAUGAGACAUACAAAUCAAGUUUUGAUGAUUUCAUCGAACAAACGCGAAAAAUAAUUUUGAAAUUUAUUAGCCUGCAUCCAACUGAAUGGCGAUUGUUAGAUAUUCGCUUUGACUUAAUGAGUACUCUGAUUAGAGCGGGGGAAUGUGAACUUGUAUAUUAUAUUUUAUCUUUUAGAGAACCGAUUCAUAUACCGCAAUAUUUUCCUUGGCCAGGUGAAAAAAAUACGAUUAAUACGAUUCGUACUGCUUUUUUGGAAGAUAAUACUAUGACUAUGCUGGCAUGCUUUUUAGAAUAUUAUUCUAAUAAUGCAGUUCAUAAUAUUGGAUGGAUGAAUACAGUUAUAGACAUCAUACCGGAUCUAUUAAAAGGCGAAAAAGGUAAUAAUUUUAUGAAAAGUGAAACAGAUUUAAAAUCUGAAUAUUACAAAUAUUAUGUAGAAAAACUAUUUUAUAGUCCCUGCUUUUGUGACAAGGAAUUGGAUUUAUUCUCUUUUAAAAUUCUUGAAGUUUCUCCCAAGUCAAAUGAACUAUUAAAAGUUUUCAUACCUAUAACACAAUUAAUUCCACAAAAUUCCAAGUUGAAUCUUCAAGAAAUCGAUUUUGAUAAAGUCACCAACCUUCGAAUGGUACCUUUAGCAGAUUUUACAAUGAACAAAAAAAUUCCAGAUAUUAAAAAAGGAAAACUUAGAAAAUUUCUAGAGAUUUUAUUUUCUCCUAGUAAAUAUUUAUCUCCUGAUGAGAUUUUACGACUUCGUAUUUUCGAAGACUUUGCGCAGAAUCUCAAUAUACUCUUUAAUAUUAUUGUUGCUCUACGACAAUUUUUAUUGUUUUUUAUGCUAAUAAUCAUUGCAAUGGGACAUGCAUUAUAUAUUCUUCUUGGCUAUUCAUCUUAUAUUGGAUUAAAUCAGACUGUUGAAGAACAAGUUAAUCCAUUUUCAAGCAUUAUUAGUGCUAUACUUGCAGUUGACGCCUUUUCUGAUGCUGUUAAAGAUAGUAAAAAUGGGUUAUAUUCUUAUCAAAUUGACUUAAUUCAUGAAUUUGCUUAUCUUGAAAAGUCAUUGGAAUUUAAUAAUCUAGAUUCCAAAUUUAAAGAUAAAAUAAGAGCAAAGUAUAUCUGUUUUUAUGAUGAUCCUCGUAUUACAAAACGUUGGAAAAAAACAUCUAAACAAAUGAAAUCAAAACCAUAUACUAAAAUUCAAUCAUUAUAUAAGAAAGAAUAUGAAUUAUGGUCCAUUGAAGAUAUUUACUCUCUUUUUUAUUAG